UAAACUUCUUUGUAUCAGAUAAGAAUGGUUGCUAAAGCUCUAUGUAUAUUGGCGGAGGGCUCAGAGGAGAUGGAAACUGUUAUAAUUGUUGAUGUUCUUCGGAGAGGAGGGGUAGAGGUUGUUUUGGCUGGUUUGGAAGGGGUGGAGCCUGUGAAGUGUUCAAGGGGCGUGGUACUUGUACCUGACUCCUCCUUAGACUCCGCCCUCCUGAAUGUUUCCUACGACGCUAUUAUUCUACCUGGGGGUGGACCAGGAGCUAAGGCUCUGGCUGAGAGUGCUAAGGUAAAAGUGCUGCUGACGGAUCAGGAAGCUGCUGGGAGAAUUGUCGGUGCAAUCUGUGCUGCUCCAACAGCUCUUCUAGAGCAUGGUAUUGGAAAGGGUAAGAGACUAACUUCCUACCCUUCCUUUAAGGAUGUAUUAUCCAAGGACUACAUCUAUACCCAGGCCCAGGUGGAGGUGGACGGAAGCUUGAUUACAAGCCAAGGACCUGGAACCUCAUUCUCAUUCGCUCUAAGACUGGUGGAGUUGUUGGUCGGGAAGGAGAAGGCAGAGGAAAUAUCCGCCGCAAUGCUACUGUAAACAUACGCAUAUCUGCCGAUAGCCGAUACCUUUCGUAGCUGAAUGCCAAUUUCUUAUUCGUCCUGGUGAUUUGUGCGUAUUUUUUUAAAGAAAAUCCAUAAAAAUAUUCUUCUUU